AUGAGUAGCCGGUGGAGGGAUCCGGAAUCCCAGGAGUCACAGCAGCAGUCGCCGCCGCAGUACAACCCAGGAUACGUACCGGCCCAGUACGCGAUGGACUCGAGCUAUGGGAACGGGCAGCAGCCACAACACCAACAGCAGCAGUUCCAGUACAGCUCGUAUGGCGACCACGGGCAGCAACCCCAGCCCUACAGCACCGUCCCGGCACGGGGGCAGCAGGUGUACCAAGUCAGCCCCGAGAUGCAAGACGUGAACCUGCGGCACCGCCGCCCGGCCACCACGGCCCGCAGCAGUACACGCCCAUGA